AUGACUGCAGGUCGUCGCUGCGAUAGUUCUUUAUAUGGUUUGCUUGUGUCAGGCGCAAGUGUAGCCAAACAGUUUCGGUGGCUAAGAAUAAGAAGCACCAAUGGGCGAGUAUCAUCUCAAGCCAAUCUUAUACGCAUAUCUAUAAAAUUAUUAACAAUUAAAUUAUUGCUCUACCUUGCGAUAAAUCAACUAAAAGGCAUCGAUGGACGAGUAGCUAUAGUUGUAAGCGAAAUAGAACAACCAAGAGAUGAAAUCAACAAUGUUCUUUUCGAAGAUCCCAUAUUUGCACCUAAGCCCAAAGUGAAUCCAUUUUAUGAGAAAGAACGAAAUGCCUUAAUAGCAGAGGAACAGUCCAUAAGUUCUGGUGGCAAUAUGAAGCUCAGUGAAAAGGAGCAACAAGUUAAUGAUAUAUUUAUGCGUUUAAAGUUGUUAGAACUAUCUGAAAAUUUUGAAAGGCCCGACCAUAAUACACCUGGUAUGCAUUUUUUCAAAGCCAAACCUCUUAUAGAUCGCAGCAAAGUAUUUCAAUUUAUUAGAGAGAUGCCUAAGGGUGCCAUACUGCAUGUUCAUAAUACCGCUUCUGUUAGCUCUAAUUGGGUUAUCAAAAACCUAAGUUAUAUGGGAGGAAUGAAGAAGUGUGUUAAUACGAAUGGAAUUACUAUUUUGACAUUUCGUGAAAAUAUGGGGAAACACAAAUGUCGAACAAGAUACGAAAAUUUGGAUGUGGAACGACAAAGAAUGAAUAGUAGUGUACGAUAUGAUAAAGUGUUGGAACAAAAAAUUAAUUUACAUACUGAAUCACCGGAAUUCGAGUAUAAUACAGACGAAAAAGUUUGGACGAAGUUUCAAAAUAUGUUUGACACAUUGGGAGAUGCAAUAAAAUUCGAACCCGCUUUUCGAGCAUUCCAUUGGCGGAUGUUGGAAGAGAUGUACCAGGAUAAUAUAAUGUAUGCUGAAAUCCGCAUGCGUUUUAAAAAGACUUAUGAUGCGAAUGGAAAUGAUAAAAAGCCCGAUGAAACAAUUCAAAUUCUAAUAAGCAUUGUUGAAGACUUCAAAAAAUUACAUCCUGAUUUUCUUGGUAUCAAAAUUAUAUACUCGACACAUCGUGGUGCGGAAAAAGAAAGUAUACGAAAUGAAUUCGAAGUGUUUAAGCGAAUGCAUGAAGCGUAUCCUCAUUUUAUUGUUGGUUUUGACUUGGUUGGUCAAGAAGAUAAAGGUAAAGCCUUGCAUACUUUCUCAACCAUUUUACAAGACGUACCGAAAACUGCGAAAUUUUUCUUUCAUGCUGGGGAAACAAAUUGGUAUGGUAGUUCCAUUGAUUUGAAUUUAGUGGAUGCAAUUUUAUUAAAUACCACACGUAUUGGUCAUGGUUUUGCACUAAUUAAACAUCCUGUGCUAAUGAAGACGGUGAAAGAACGUGGUAUUGGUAUAGAAGUGACUCCUAUCUCAAAUCAAGUAUUGGAUUUAAUUUGGGAUUUGCGAAACCAUCCAGCAGGUUAUUUCUUAGCUGAUGAUAUGCCAAUAGUUAUUUCUAAUGACGAUCCAGGUUUUUGGAAUGCUAAAGGCCUUAGUUAUGAUUUUUAUUAUGCAAUUAUGAGUUUGGCACCUAAUUAUUCUGGUCUGAAAACUUUAAAGUCUUUAGUUUGGAAUUCUUUAAAGUAUUCAGCAUUAAAUGAUGUAGAAUUAACUGACGCAAUUGAUAUGUUGGAACAAUCCUGGGAUGAAUUUUUAAACCGCGUUUUAAUGGGACUUGUUGUUGAUCUUUUUUAAAGAAUUUAUUAACAUUAUAUACUAAAUACAUUCUUUAACCCACAAUAUAAUUAUCUACGUUUUUAUUUCCUUA